UCUUGGAGCAGGUCUAACUAGCUGUGCAUGGCUCCAGUCGGGCAUUCACCAACACAAGAUGGGUCAACAGGAACACGGUUAACAGAACUCUGGUGUUCUGCAUUCUGCUGUGGUAUGAAGUGAGGACUUGCUGGAAGUGUGACAAAGACAGGAGGAUUUGAACGACUGCCUAAAAUGUGAUGGAUCCCAACCAAAGGCCAAAUGGAACAAUUCAGAGACAGGAUGCAAACGCCACUGACCUCCCUGUGCGUCUUACUGACGAUCUGCCUCCAAUGCACGUUUACGAGCGCAUUGGACUCUUCCCUGAAGAUAAUGAAACCAAUUCAUAUGGGACCGGGACUGGGAUCAUAUCCUCAACUGAAUCCCAAUCCAAACCCCCCGGCCAUCUGUGGAAUCAUGGGGGAGGAGGUCCCGGGAAUACAGGACCCCAAAACUCAAAUGGACCUCCUCCACUAAUCCGUCGCCCUGCCCCUAUAGUCAGAACCAGACUUCCCAGUGCAUGUUUGCCAGGUAGACAAGGCCAUGCACCCCCUCCUGUUCCCUCCAGGACACAAAUAUCCCUCGGCAACUGCAAAAAGCAGAUAUCCUGUGACCUCAGUGACCCCCUUCACAAACUGAAUCGUUCCCGUACAGAAAUGGACGAUCAUGACCCAUGGACCAUCCCACUCAUAGAAACGCCACAAGGCAGCACCAAGAGGCUGACGUCUUUUUGUGCUGCAACUUCCAAGCUGAUGUCACGGUACAGGCAUGCAGACAGCCUUCAAAACUCUGGUGCGGUAUGGAGUCGUUUGUCACGAAUCCACCCGGCCCUGCUGCAGCAGGCGGAGGUGAAUGUCAGUGUGGCCACUGAGUGGGGCCAUCACCAGCUCCCCUUCCCCACCACAGUGAACAGGACAGUGACGAGUCUGAUUGAUGAAAUCUUCCAGCUGCUCGACCUCACUCCCAACCCGAGUGGGCGUCAUUAUUUAAAACUGUGCGACUCUGACGAGUACCUCCAAAAUGAAGAACUGCUGGGCAUGCACGAGACUAUUCAGAUCUCCUGCAGGUUAAAACUAGUCGUCCCCCUCCGACUGCUCCACGUGAACGACCUCAAACACCGACUGUGCAGGGAUGGGGAGGACGACAGAACACCGUGUCAACUGUACCAGCUCCUGCGUCCGGUUUGUGUCUUCAAUACCUGCAAGUUGAGCCUGCAGGGUGUGCUCAGUAGCUACAACAGAGAGGUGACAGAGCUGAUGAGAAGUAAGUCUGGGAUGAACGUUAAUGUGCUCGUGUGCCGUGUUCGGGCCAUCAGCAAUCUUCUGUGUGGGCUCUCAUGUGAGGAGCUGGAGGACGCUAUUGGCAGUCUCAACAGAAUCAAUCCCAUACCUCUGAGUCAUGAUGAGAUGUCUCAGUGUGAAACCGCCAUGAUCAUGCUCCACAGGGCGCUGCUGAAAGUGCUUCAGAUCUUUUUUGACAACUUCCAGUCAGACUUCAGAGGUCAGGAAGUAACCAGCAACCUGCAAAUAUUAGACGUUGAGCGCAACACUGAAAUCCUCCAAUUCAAUAUUUCUGCACUCUACCAACUGCAACCCAGCUGGCUGAUCAAUUAUGAAUGCUUCUCUGUUUCCUGUGAGUUGACGUACGGAGGAACAAAGUUCUGUGAAACAGGCAUUUCUGAAAAUAUCAGCACCGCCUUGUCAUCCGGAAACAAGAUCCAGUGCAACCGUGUGAUGGUGUUUCCUAUUCUAGUUAAUAAGCUGCCAUACGAGUGCAUGCUGACAUUUCGCCUCAAGGCCUCCAAGCGAGGCAAGAGUUCCGAGCUUUUAGGCUGGGCUGUACUACCUCUUUACAGCGACAGGACUCUGGUAAAGGGGACCGUUCUGCUCAGUUUGUCCACACUGAGCGAGCUGCCUGUCCCUCCCUCCCCUGCCCUGUUCGACGGCCACAGGAAAGCCAUCGGAGUCAUUCUGCAGCUGGAGUUUCUAGAUCAGUUCGAGUGGAAGUAUCAGAGGCCCAUCGCCCUCCCCGGUUCGGUCAUAUUUAGUGAGCCUUGUGAGGAACUGCAGAGGAAAAUGUUGGAAGUCUCUAAGAAGCACUGUCUCUGCUUUCUAACAGAAAAUGAGAAGGCUUUCCUCUGGAGUAAGCGUCACAGCAGUGACAAAGGAAGUACUUUUCUCCACUUGCUGCUGGGUGGAGUCCCCCAGUGGUGUCCUGAAGACCUGACGGAAAUCUACACUGUUGUGGAGAACUGGAUCAUCCAUCUACCUGAGAAGGCUCUCUUCCUGCUCAGUCACAGCUUUCAUGAUCAGACUGUGAGGAGGACUGCAGUUCAUUACUUUGAACAGAUUCCAGAUGAAGAGCUAGAGGUGUUUCUACCACAGUUGGUCCAGGCUCUGAAGAGCGAGUGGGAGUUGGAUGGACCUCUGGUGAUGCUGCUGUUGGAGAGAUCACUGAAGAACAUACGGAUUGCCCAUCAACUCUACUGGCUGCUGGAGGAUGCCCACACUGACCACUACUACCAGAGUUGGUUCAGUAAGGUCCAGGCUGCCCUGCGGCACUGUUGUGGCCGAGCACUGAGGCAGGAGCUGGAGCACGAAACCCGCCUGGUGUCUGUGCUCGUACAGGUGGCUGAGAAGGUCCACACCGCUAAAGAGGCUCACCGUAAGAAUGUUUUGAACAAACAAAAAUUAAAGAUUGAUGACUUCUUCAGAGAUGGGAUCAGUUGUUGUCUGCCACUGGAUCCUGCACUCCGUGUAAAGGCAUUGGACCUGGAUGCCUGUAAGUUUUACAACUCCAACGCUGCUCCUCUUGGGAUCUCAUUCAUCUGCUCUGACCCUCUGGCCAAAAACAUCAGUGUCAUCUGCAAGACAGGAGAUGACCUGCGUCAGGACAUGUUGAUGCUUCAGAUAGUCGGUGUGAUGAACGGCGUUUGGCUACAGGACGGGCUGGACCUGCAAAUGAUCACCUACAGGUGUCUUUCUACGGGCAGAGCUCAGGGCCUGGUGGAAGUGGUUCCAGAUGCAGUGACUCUAGGGCAGAUUCAGCAGGAGUGGGGUCUGGGUGGCACCCUUCGAGAAGACACACUGGAGAAAUGGUUCCACAUGUGGAACAAAACUAAGGAGGACUAUGAGAAGGCUGUAAUGAACUUCAUCCACUCGUGUGCAGGGUGGUGUGUGGCCACCUUCAUCCUGGGGAUCUGUGACCGCCACAAUGACAACAUCAUGUUGAAGCACAGUGGACACAUGUUUCAUAUCGACUUUGGCAAGAUCAUGGGCAACGCACAGAAGUUCGGAAGCUUUAAAAGGGACCGAUCACCAUUCAUCUUUACCUCUGAGAUGCAGCACUUCAUCACAGAAGGGGGGCAGAAGCCUCAGCGCUUGCAUCGCUUUGUGGAGCUCUGCUGUGAAGCUUACAACAUGAUCAGGAAGCGCUCUGCACUGAUACUCAGCUUGUUGGAGCUGAUGCUACAUGCACGAAUGCCAGAACUGAAGCACUCUAAUGACCUGCAGUAUGUCCAGAACAACCUCAGACCUCAUGACACAGACCUGGAGGCCACUUCCUACUUUACAAAGAAGAUCAAGGAGAGCAUGGGCUGUGUGGCAGUCAAGUUUAACUUCCUGACACACAGCAUGGCUCAAGGGAAGAAACAAGAUCCACCAAGGCGGGUCAGCAUCCCCGGUCCCAGCACCAACAUCCAAGAAGCUGUCAUCCAGGGAUACACGAGCAGGGGAAAAGAUGUGAUCUAUGACCUCAGAGUAACCAUUCAUGAUGGUUUUCUGAACAGGGAGAAGACAUUUGGGCAGUUUGAGCUGAUCCAUAAGCAGCUGCAAAAACACUUCAUUGAAACCAAGCUGCCUCAGUUUCCUAGGUGGUUUAAGAUGUCAUUCACCCCGGGCAGGAAGGUGUCUCUGCUAAACACAUACCUGAAUCAGCUUUUUGAAGGACCAUGCAAGGGAAAUGAAUAUGUGUGCAGCUUGUUCCUGGACGGCCCCAACACAGUCCCAGAAAGUGUGGUGGCAGGAGCCCAUCCUCAGAUCCAGCUCAACAUUUCUUACUCUGACUGUAAGCUCUCGGUCUUGGUAAAACACCUAAAGAACAUUAAGCAGGCAAACGGCGCCAACCCCGACGCCUACGUGGUCACGCAUCUUAGACCGGACCCUCAGCAGCUCUCCAAGAAGAAGACGAAGGUGGUCCGAAAUAAUGACAACCCCACCUUCAAUGAGCUGUUGGAGUACAAUUCCGUCCCACUGCUGUAUGGGAUGGUGCUGGAAGUGACAGUGAAGAGCAAGAAUACUUUUGUGGCUGCAACCAACAUCAGACUGGAGGAAGUGUUGCUUGACAAGGAGAUGUGGUUUCCCCUCGGGAACUGUGCAAUCUGACCUCAGAGAGCUGCACCGUCUGUCUGCUGCCAGCAGAGGGUGCAGCCACACCGAGGGACACAAUCAAUCCAAAGAUUUCUCUCCCAAUGACUGAGAAAAAGUCACCUGAGCAGAGGAAGUGUGCACUCUAAUUUAUACUUAUUCAUCAGACGCAACUUAACCUCACUCCAGAGCUAAAUAUGCCGGCAUUGGAUGGUGUAUUUAGAUGACGUUACAAGACUGAGUAAAACAACUCAGGGAAGGAGACUGUUUACUGUAUGAAGCAUCAUUUACCAUGUGUGUUUAUUUUUAAAAUGUCAAUCAAAUGAAGGAGUUUUGCUAAUUAGUCCCAUUUUUAGAUGUGAACUUGGUGAUGGAUGAAGGAAAGAAAUCGUAUUAUCGUAUUUGCACUCCUGUUUGUACUUUAACUUCUAAACAGUCCUUGGAAGUGUGUGUGUGUGGUCGGGACUGUCGAUGUGAGAGAUUAAAGAGGAGGCGAUGCAGUGCAGUUAGGGGCUGCCUGUCUGAUACCUGCUCAUACUCGGUGUGUUCGUCCCUUUGGGCUGUGUCAACUGGAUGUCCUUGACCAGUGGAAUUGGAGGCGGGAGGCAGGACAGCGAGGGAGAGGGGUGAGGAGAGUGUGUGAGCAGGAUGACAACUCUGCCUCUCCAGCCUGAGGGGCUGAGGUAACACUCUCCCCAUCACUCCAUCCUUUUGUCUUAUCCAUCAGUGGCAUUCACACACAGCUAUGCACAUGCAUGUGCAAACAGGAAAAGGCAGACACUCGCAUGCCCUCACAAAUACUCUGGUAUAAAAAACAUACACACACACUUUCUAGGCUAAGGCAGGUCUUCGUGUUAUCUUAACACCAUCUUACUCCUGACAGGCCCGCUGACCCGUACUCUCCUCCGCCUCAUUCAUAGGAUUUAGUGAUGAACGAGGAUAGAAGUAGUCUCCAUUUGGUUCAAUAAUGUAUACCUCUGUGAAUGCUAUUUAUAUUAUUCCCUGCUGGGUCUCUCACGAGGAGGUAGGCUUGGAAGAAAAUGCUGGCUGCUACUCUUUCAUAGUAGUGCUCAUCAGUUUCAGAUCUAAUAGAAGAAUUACAUCUAUUGUUUUGGAAUAGAUGAUAAAUCCAGAAACAACACUGUCUCGUGGUUUCUCUUAUGUGUGAUCAACUCUGCCACAAUAAUUGCACUUGCAUCAAUUAUUCAUUUGAUGAUGAGAAUCUAAUAUCCGACUCCAGGGAUUUCUCCACUACUUGAGUGAUGCCAGCAGAGAGUUAUUCUUCCUGCUGGUCUUUUUCCUCCGCAGUGGAGAAAAAAAAGCAUGUCUAUUUUCUGACAAUAAAUCUGGUAUUUAUAUCUGA